UACCGAGAGUAUCGUAGGUGACUCAAUUGAUAACGAUUGCAAUCAGCUGCUGCCAUAAAUUAUCUUAAAAUAUUGGUUUUUGGUGAAAUUCCUGCAAGCUACUGUGUUUUGACAAACUUUAAACAAUAAGUGAAUUAAGGCAAACGCAUUCAAUGGAACCUGAACCCGAAAAUUGCCCUGGCGUGGGUACAGAAAAUGCUGGUAAAUCAAGCGCCUGUGCUGGAUGUCCCAAUCAACGCAUCUGCAGUGACCCCAAUACUAAAAUCGUUGAUCCUGGUAAAGAACUUGUUGCAAAAUCUAUGAGCGAAGUCAAACAGAAACUUUUAGUGCUCUCUGGAAAAGGUGGAGUCGGUAAGAGUACAAUGGUUACGUUACUAUCUCGAUACAUGGCACGUGCAUAUCCUGACCUUAAUUUUGGUGUGCUGGAUAUAGACAUUUGCGGGCCAUCGCAACCCCGCAUGCUUGGUGUUGAAGGUGAAAAUGUACACCAAUCCGGCUCAGGGUGGUCACCAGUGGGCGUUGAUGACAAUUUGUGUCUUAUGUCUAUCGGCUUUUUACUUGGCUCAACAGAUGACGCUAUUAUUUGGCGUGGUCCCAAAAAAAAUAGCAUGAUUCGACAAUUUUUAAGUGAAGUAGAUUGGGGAGCAUUAGAUUUGCUAAUAUUGGACACACCACCAGGCACAUCAGACGAACAUUUAUCGGUCAUUUCAUAUUUGCAUGAUGAUAAUUCAUCGGAUACAUUGCGCGCUAUAAUUGUAACAACACCACAGGAAGUAUCUUUACUUGACGUGCGAAAGGAGAUAAAUUUUUGCAAAAAACAAAAGAUACCAAUUUUGGGAGUAGUAGAGAAUAUGAGUACUUUUCGUUGCGGACAUUGUGGUACAGAGUCUGAAAUAUUUCCAGCAAAAACAGGCGGCGUUGGAGCAAUGUGUGCUGAAAUGGAAGUACCGUAUUUGGGUGCACUACCUCUUGAUCCUCAAGUGACAAAAGCUUGUGAUAAUGGGGAUGAUAUUACUAAUAUGAAAAAUGUUACAACCGAUGCUUUGGGUGAUAUAUGUCAGAAAAUUUAUAGAUGUUUUUAAUUCUUUAAUGUGAUACAAUUAUACAAAUCCAAAAUGAGAUAAAUAAUGCUAGAGGAAUAAACUUCUUUGAAUAUAAAAGUUUUGAUAGAAAUGAU